AUGAGUGGGCAACCGGGAGACGAGCACGAGCACGGCUCCGCGGCAAUGGACUUUGAGGAGUUCCAGUUCAGCGGCGACGUGGUCAACGUGGUGGACCACGCGAUCAUCGCGGCUCCCGCGGCCGUCGCAGAACCUCCGCAGCACAACAGCGACGAGGCAGACCUCACUCUGCCGCCAGAAACAGACUCGUCGCUGCGCUCGUCGUCCGACGACGAGGAGUGGAAGGAGAUGGACACCCAGGUGCACCAAUCGGACAUCUACAACAUCAAGGGCGACAAGAUCGACACGUUUGUGCAGUCCGUGGAGACGUUCAAGAACGACAAGACUAGCGACGCUGCCCAGGGGUACACGAGGAUCUCCGCGCAGGAGGAGGCGUCCAAGUACAUGGAGAUGAACGAGAAGUUUGACUAUCUGUUCCAGAACGAAAACUCGAACCUGCGCAAGCUGCGCAACAGCGAGUCUCGUUUGGACAAGGACGAGAGCGACGGGGAGUUGGAGGACGGGUUCGACGCCACGAUCGAGUCUGGCGCGUCCGACAUCGACGAGCAGCUGUACUCGACCAAGGCGUUGCUGGACGACCCGCAAAAGGUGGCGUAUGCGGCGCUGGUCAAGCUGAUCAUCUUCAAGAUGCAUUUCGAGCUGUCGCAGCUGCGCGGAUCCGGCUCCACCACGAUCUUGAAGAAGAACGCGGCCGCGCAGAAGUCGUUCACGCGGUGGAGCAUGGGCGUUAUGGGCCAGUUGUACGACCAUCUGGGCAUCCGCGAGGGCGAAGAACGCGACAUGAUCGAGAAGCUCAGUUGCCACGGCAUCGAGGCCAGCGACCUGGUUGGCUGGCUCAACACGAACCUGACCGUUGCCAACAAGCUGGAGACCGAGCAGGUGCAGGCCAUCGACCUGGACUCGUCCAAGCCGACGCUGGAGAUCGAUAUCCGCUGGACGCUGAUCUGCGACCUGUUUCUGAUCCUGCUGGAGUCGUCCACAUACGACUCGCGGUCGCGCGUGCUGCUGCUGCGGUUUUCGCAGUCGAUCGGCCUGAGCCAGCUGGACAUCUUCCAGUUCGAGCGACGCAUCACCGACGCGCUCGAGAUGGACGAGUCGCUCGCCAGACUCAACAACUCGCAGAUCUGGGACGAGAAGGACAUCCUGACCGAGCACAAGCGCAAGUUCCGCCGCCAGAAGCUCGUCAAGAUCGGGUUUGCGACCGUGGCGGGCGGGCUCGUGAUCGGGCUCAGCGCAGGCAUGCUGGCUCCCGUCAUUGGAGCCGGCCUGGCCGCCGGACUCACCACCGUGGGCAUUGGCGGCACGUCUGGGUUUCUUGCAGGAACGGCAGGAACCGCCAUCAUCACCUCCACGGGAGUUCUCACAGGCAUGCGGAUCGGAAAGAACGGCAUGGGCCGUCGUGUUGGCGCGGUCAGCACGUUUGAGUUCAAGCCGUUGCACAACAACGCUCGUGUGAACCUGAUUCUCACAGUGAGUGGCUGGAUGUCGGGCAAAAUGGACGACGUUCGUCUGCCGUUCAGCACAGUCGACCCGGUCAUGGGCGACCUGUACUCGCUGCUGUGGGAGCCGGAGAUGCUCACCAGUAUGGGACAGACAAUAGGCAUUCUUGCGUCGGAGAUCUUGACGCAGUCGAUCCAGCAGAUUCUUGGUAGCACGGUACUGAUUGCCCUGAUGGCCGCCGUGCAGCUGCCCAUGAUGCUGUCGAAGCUGGGGUACCUGCUGGACAAUCCCUGGAACGUUUCUCUGGACAGGGCCUGGAGCGCAGGGCUGGUGCUGGCAGACACGUUACGACGCGGCAAGCUGGGGUUCCGGCCGAUUACGCUGGUCGGGUUCAGUCUGGGCGCUCGUGUGAUCUACAGCUGUCUGCUGGACCUGGCGAAAACAGGCGACUACGGCCUGAUCGAAAACGUUUACCUGUUCGGGUCGCCGUUCGUGGUCAAGGAAGACCAGAUCACCAUGGCGUGUUCUGUUGUGAGCGGCCGUUUCGUGAACGGUUACUCGAAAAAGGACUGGAUCCUCGGGUACUUGUUCCGUGCGACCAGCGGAGGACUUAAUAGAAUCGCUGGUCUGUCGCCGAUCGAACAGGUGGAGAACUUCAACUGCUCCGAGCUCGUCCAGGGCCACAUGGAGUACAGAAAAGUGAUGCCCAAGCUGAUGAAGGAGAUGGGCUGGGAGGUGUUGAACGAGGAGUUUGUGGAGAUCGACCAGCCCGACGAGCAAGAGACCAAUAGACAGCGCAAGCUUGUGCACGACUUUGAGGAGGCGUCCAAGAAGCUGGACACGAAAAAACCGUCCAAAUCGUGGUACAGCAAGCUGUUUGGCAAGAAGAAUAAGGAGUGGUGGGAGAUGUACGAGGAGGGCGUCAAGGAGGAAGAGAAGAAACAGGAACUAUUUGACGUAGACGAGCUGGCUAAAGAGGUGGAACAGAUCGCGUUGCAAGCUGAAACAGAGCCGCAAAACGAGGAACUAAAGACAUUCAACUUGAAAACACCGCCACAGGGCCAAACUUUCGACGGAGCGGAACAACAACGCGAACGCGAACGCAAAACGUCCUCGCCGUUCAACAUGACGGUGGUCAAGUCGUCCACGCCAUCGUCGCCAGAGUUCCGCCCGUUCAAACUGGACAAGUCCGGUAAAAGAGUCUCCUCAACAAUGGAUAAAGGAUUCAACCUGAACGCAGUGGAGGCAGAAAAGAAACAGACGUCUCCAACAGAGCCAGAACAGCCUACAGAAAAUAUCUAUGACGACGAAGAUGAGUUCCCAACCGACGAACGCAACUUGAAAAUCACCUUUGCCUGA